GUCAAUUUCUUCCUCUCUCUCUCAUAAAUACCCUAUUAUCCUCUCCACUUUCCCUAUUUAUCUCUUUCCAAUUUCCAAUUUUUCGUCUAACCUUUUCCUUUGCAGACUCUCGUAUAAACCCUAACCCUAGUUCUUAAGUUUUACUAGCGAAGAAUAAUGGGAGAAACUAGAGAAAACGAUGCUUAUGAAGAGGAGCUUCUUGAUUACGAUGAGGAGGAAGAGAAGGUUCCAGAUUCCGCUGUCACCAAAACUAAUGGCGAAGCCGGGAAAAAGGGUUACGUUGGCAUCUACAGUUCAGGAUUCAGAGACUUCCUUUUGAAGCCAGAGCUGCUGCGUGCAAUUGUGGACUCUGGUUUUGAGCACCCAUCUGAAGUGCAACACGAGUGUAUUCCUCAAGCUAUAUUGGGUAUGGAUGUCAUAUGCCAAGCCAAAUCUGGUAUGGGGAAGACCGCCGUUUUUGUUCUCUCAACCCUACAACAGAUUGAUCCUGUGGCUGGUCAAGUUGCUGCACUUGUUCUAUGUCACACCAGAGAAUUGGCUUAUCAGAUCUGUCACGAGUUCGAGAGGUUUAGCACAUAUUUGCCAGGUGUUAAGGUUGCUGUUUUCUAUGGAGGUGUUAAUAUUAAAAUCCACAAGGACCUGCUCAAGAAUGAAUGCCCACACAUUGUUGUGGGUACACCUGGAAGGAUUCUUGCACUGGCCAGAGAUAAAGACCUGUCAUUAAAGAAUGUUCGGCAUUUUAUUCUUGAUGAAUGUGAUAAAAUGCUUGAGUCCCUUGACAUGAGGAGAGAUGUUCAGGAGAUCUUCAAAAUGACUCCCCAUGACAAGCAAGUGAUGAUGUUUUCCGCAACUCUAAGCAAGGCAAUCCGUCCUGUUUGCAAGAAAUUUAUGCAAGAUCCGAUGGAAAUAUAUGUAGAUGAUGAAGCCAAGCUGACCCUCCACGGGCUUGUACAGCACUACAUCAAGUUAUCUGAGCUGGAGAAGAAUCGCAAAUUGAACGACCUCUUGGAUGCUUUGGAUUUUAAUCAAGUUGUCAUCUUUGUCAAGAGUGUCAGUAGAGCUGCUGAGCUGAACAAGCUUCUUGUGGAGUGCAACUUUCCGUCCAUCUGUAUCCAUUCUGGCAUGUCCCAGGAAGAAAGAUUGGCUCGGUACAAGGGCUUUAAGGACGGGAAGCAGAGAAUCCUAGUUGCAACAGAUUUAGUUGGUAGAGGAAUUGACAUUGAAAGAGUGAACAUUGUUAUCAAUUAUGACAUGCCGGAUUCUGCUGACACUUACCUGCAUCGGGUUGGCAGAGCUGGGAGGUUUGGCACAAAAGGUCUUGCAAUCACAUUUGUUUCUUCUGCCUCUGACUCUGACGUUCUUAAUCAGGUCCAGGAGAGGUUUGAGGUGGAUAUUAAGGAGCUUCCUGAGCAGAUAGACACCUCCACAUACAUGCCAUCUUAGUGAUGAUGAUCUAUCAUCGCGCAAGCUUUUUAGACGCAUGCGGUGGAAGUGUUCUGCGGAGACUUGACAGAUGAUGAAAUUGAAAAUCUUUCACCGGGCAGUUUGCUUUGUUUGAGCUGUUGACUUCAGCAGUUUUUGCAAUCUUGGGAGACUGAAUUCCCUGUUCUAGAUUAAAUUCUCUUCUUAGUGACCGAGAUACUUAUUGUUUGUAGUUUCCUAAGCUCGCAACUUAUCAAACAUGUUUUAUUGUGUUUGAGUUUUAGGUUUCCGUUAGCAGGUAUCUCUACAGACAGUUAUGGUUAUGGUUUGUGAGGGCUGUGACCAUCGCGUUUCUAUUUGUGACAUAGAAGGCGAAAUGUAUGAUAAUGAGUUGCAUUUUCAAAUA